CACUAUCGCAAUUUUGUUUAUUUGACGUAGCGCUACGUUUUUUGUUUCAUAAACCAAGGCAUUUCGAAACUCAUCCGUUCUGCAAGAAACCGUUUUGAGCCAACAUUUGUCUUUCCCUUUUUCUCUGAAAUGUGUACGUUGUUGUAGGAAAAUAUUCGAAACCAAGCCGAAACAAACGAGUAUCUUUCUAAUCAGCUUCUUUUUGCCACUAUUAUGCCUUUCGUCGUCAUCGCCAUUCGAACGUAACAAUAAUCUCACAACGUAAAAAAAAAUCUGAUAUCAAUCGUGUUAUUUCUCGCGUCCGCGAAUUGCGUCUUCGGCUUGGUGCGCCGCCACUGUGAAAUAAAAACAUUCUCGCUAAACUGAAAAACCGGUAAAAAUUGAAAACCGUCGCGAAUGGCCGCCUAUCUGAACCGGACCCUUUCGAUGGUGACGGGCUCGUCGUCCUCCGCGGCGAAUGGGUCCUCGACGGGAUACGACCCGGCGGCGCUGAUCGAUGCCGCGUCAUCGCCACGGGGCUUACAUACGGCCACUGCUGCCGGCGGCAUGGUGGGCCACAACGACGUCUCGCCGCUGCAGAUCUUUGUCCGGGCCAAGAAGAAGAUCAACGACAUCUUUGGCGAAAUCGAGGACUAUGUGGUGGAAACGACCGGAUUCAUCGAUGCCCUACCGACCAUGGUGGAAAUCGUGGACAAAGCCGAAUCGGAACAGUUCCGGAGCUACGUGCUCAAGGUGUCCGGCAUUCGGGAGGUCCUUGCCCGAGAUCACAUGAAGGUGGCCUUCUUUGGGCGCACAUCCAACGGUAAAAGUUCGGUAAUCAACGCCAUGUUGCGGGACAAAAUCCUACCGAGUGGUAUCGGCCACACCACUCACUGCUUCUGCCAGGUGGAGGGCAUCGAUGGCGACGAAGCUUACCUAGUCAAGGAAGGUUGUGAUGAGAAGCUGAAUGUAACGUCGAUUAAACAACUUGCCAAUGCCCUAUGCCAGGAGAAGCUUUCCGAAAGCUCGAUGAUUCGGAUAUUUUGGCCACGCAAGCGAUGUAACCUACUGAGAGACGACGUGGUAUUUGUUGAUUCACCCGGCGUUGAUGUUUCGCCGAAUCUGAACGACUGGAUCGACAACUUUUGCUUGAAUGCCGACGUUUUCGUGCUGGUUUUGAACGCUGAAUCUACUAUGACACUGGCGGAAAAACACUUCUUCCACGAAGUCUCGACUCGACUUUCGAAACCGAACAUCUUUGUGCUAAACAACCGUUGGGAUGCAUCGGCUUCGGAACCAGAGUUCCAGGAAUCGAGGGACCUGGAUAAGGUCAAAGCACAACACCAGGACCGAUGCGUGGAUUUCCUUGUCAAAGAGUUGAAGGUAGCAUCUGCCAAGGAAGCCGAGGAACGCGUGUUCUUUGUUUCGGCUCGUGAAACUUUGCAGGCCAGGCUGAAGGAAGCCGAAGGCCUCCCUGCGACUGCCGGUGCGUUGGCCGAUGGUUUCCAAAAUCGGUACUUCGAGUUCCAGGACUUCGAACGCAAGUUCGAGGAAUGUAUCUCCAAGAGCGCCGUUCGGACAAAGUUCGAACAACAUAGUUCUCGUGGCAAAAGCAUCUCCACUGAGAUGCGCAUGAUGCUGGACAACAUUUUCGACCGAGCGAAUGUUCUGCGCAACCAAAAGCUCGAGCAGAAGAAGAAACUUACUGAUCGAAUCGCAAAUACCGAAACGCAACUGAUGCAAGUAACACGGGAAAUGAAAAUGAAGAUCCACAACAUGGUCGAGGAAGUCGAGCAGAAGGUGGCCAAGGCGCUGAACGAGGAAAUUUGGCGGCUAAAUGUGCUGGUGGAUGAGUUCAACCUACCGUUCCACACGGACCCGCUGGUUUUGAACGUCUACAAGAAGGAAAUCAACGCCCACGUGGAAAGUGGCCUUGGUUCGAACCUGAGGGCGCGUCUUAGCACAGCCUUAGCCAUGAACGUGGAAACGGCCCAACGGGAAAUGACCGAUCGUAUGACAGCACUGAUCCCCUCGGAGAAGAUCAUCACCCACACGCAUCACGUCGUCGCGAGAAAUCAACCGUUCGAGAUGCUCUACACGCUGAACUGUCAGAACCUCUGUUCCGAUUUCCAAGAGGAUCUGGAGUUCCGAUUCUCCUGGGGAAUCACGGCGUUCAUAGCGAGGUUUAAUGGGAAAAUGCGAGCGAACAAUAAGAAAGCCAUCGCACACAAUAGGCAAAGUAGCAAUAUGAAUGCAUCACAAAUUAUGUCUCCCACUUCACCGAUGUGUCUUAUGCCAGAUAACGAACUGAUCACUGAGGAACAGCUAUCGGUAAUAUCGAAGGUGGCGAUAGCUUCGAUUGGAUCCCAGGGCACCCUUGGGCUGCUGGUGGCAGGAGUGCUCCUGAAAACAAUUGGCUGGCGGGUGAUUGUGGGCGCUGGCAUCCUGUACGGCAGCGUGUAUCUGUACGAGCGUCUAUCCUGGACGAACGCCGCCAAGGAGAAAAACUUCAAGAACCAGUAUGUGCAGCAUGCAACCCGAAAGCUGAAGUUGAUUGUCGACCUCACCUCGGCCAACUGCAGCCACCAAGUGCAACAGGAACUGUCCAGCACCUUCGCCCGGUUGUGCCGCGUGGUCGAUACGGCCACCACGGAGAUGAACACCGAACUGAAGGACAUCGAAACCUCCCUGGCUGUGAUCGAGGCCAACCAGAAGCAAAUCAAGGUGCUCAGCAAUAAGGCCAACUUCAUCCAGCGCGAGCUGGAAAUCUUCGACAGCAACUACAUCAAGGAGAACUAGAGAAUGGGAGCAAAAGCUUACUGAGGAGAGUAGAGUUAAUAUAUAUUUGUAUUUGUAGAGUGUAGCAGGAGGGACAUGUUAAGCCUCUAGCCGGUAUCGAAACCAAACAAAGUUUGCAUCCUGGAUGUGUGACAGAAAGUUUAGUUACAAAUGUAGAACUGACGUUCCUUGGCCACACUUUUUACCUGAUUCGAUACUUUAAAAGAAAUCAUUGCUAUAUUUAUAUUUUAGGUGUUAUUUGCUUUAGUUUCCAAUUCUGCUUAGUUGUUGCUGUGUACCAAUACCAACAAGUUUGGUUGAAUAGUUAUCGUCACCUCCAAAGCCAGAAUCUACACAAACACCGAAUAUGUAACUAACAAAGAUUAUCUAUGCAAGUGAGUAAAACUUACUUAGAAAAUACGCUAAUGAAGCCCCUAACAGAAUAUUUCAAUGUAACUGUGUAUAAUAUAUCAUAAGACUUAGUGUUCUAGGCGAAGUGUACCAUUUUUGUUCUGUACAGGUAUUUACCCGCACCGUACAGACUAAAGGCAGUUAUAGUUGGUAUUUGUUCGAGGGCCGUUGUAAAAAAUAAAUUUAGUCUAUCAAAAGGGAAAAAAUCGGACUCUAGAUGAAGCAUAGAUUGCAGAAGCUAGACCACGCGAACCAUUAGGAAGAAUUGGAUAUUCACAUGUUUUGUACUGUUGUACUGCGCUGACUCAACCUUUAGUUUUCUUUCGAUCAAAUUGUACUGAUUAACUAAAUUUUAAAUGGAAAAUUGAACACUGAAAUAAAGUAUUUCCAACUUCGAAAA